AUGAGCUACUACGGCAGCUACUAUGGGGGCCUGGGCUAUGGCUAUGGCUCUGGUUAUGGCUGCGGAUGCGGCAGCUUCCGUGGCCUAGGCUAUGGAUUUGGUGGCUUGGGCUAUGGAGGCCUGGGCUAUGGUGGCUACGGCUAUGGCUUCUACCGCCCAUCUUUCUUGGGAAGCUACUACGGCAGCUACUAUGGGGGCCUGGGCUAUGGCUAUGGCUCUGGUUAUGGCUGUGGAUGUGGCAGCUUCCGUGGACUAGGCUAUGGAUUUGGUGGCUUGGGCUAUGGAGGCCUGGGCUAUGGUGGCUAUGGCUAUGGCUUCUACCGCCCAUCUUUCUUGGGAAGGUAUUAUUCUUCUGGCUUCUACUGA